AUGUCUUGGAUUCGAUCAUUGAAACACAACGAAUUGUUACGGGAUCGUGAUGAAUAUAUGAAAAAUGUCUACGGAGAUCCGUUGAGUUAUUGGAAAGUGAGUUUUAUGUUUUAUAUGUUUACCCAUUGAUAAACUAAAUAUUAAAAAGUAUAAUUUUUAUAUUAAAAAUAUGUCUAGCAAGCCGAACAGACAAAAUUUGUGACAGAACGUGAAUAUUGGGAUGACUUUCGCUACGGUCAAUGUUUUGACAGUGUGGAUUCUGCAGUCCAGGUACGCUUACUUUAGUUUUUUUCCCAUCACAGCUUACUAUUUUAAUUAAUCUUGUAGUAAAUACAUAGUAUAAUAUAUUAUUAAGUGCGAAAUCAUUCACGGUGAAUUCGAUCCAAAACAGUUACCGUAUGAGAAGUACAUGCAAUGGCACUUUCGAGAGUUUUGCUACAAGACUACAGCUCAUGGUAUACCUAUGAUCGGACAAGCUCCGAAUCGCUAUUACAGGUAAUUAUAUGUUGUUCAUUAUCAUGUCAAUUAUAGUUAAACUAUUAAAUUAAUUUUAUAAUUACAAGGUGGAAUAAUGAUAUAAUUUAUCUUAUCAUACAUUUUAGAGGUAUUUGGAUAGCAUUGUUCCUUGGAUGCAUGUUCAUGUUGUAUCAGAAUGCUCGUUCUGUUAUAGACAAGUACAACAAGAAUGAGAAGAUUGUGGAUAUUGAACUAAAAUUUGGUAUUAUUUUAAAGAUUGUUAUCUCUGCUUGCAAUACUUGUUUUUUUACCAUGAGUAAUAUUUUGCAGAUACGGCUCCUUUCCCAGCAAUUACGAUCUGCAACUUGAAUCCUUACAAAGCUUCGAUGGCCAAAGAUGUCGAGCUUAUCAAAAGAACAGUAAGUUAUUUUUUGAAGUUUUUAACUUAGUAUUUUUGACAUUUUUAUAACUUUAUACUGCUAUUAUACAUUCAUUUAUGUAAUACUAUUUUUUCUAGUUGACAGCCUUUGACGGAGCCAUGAACAAAGCCGGUCAUUCAGAAGGUAACAAGCGAGAAAAGCGAGCUUCACAUAAUUCAUCGUCGGUCUUCGAGCCAGGCUACUCGAAAUGUCAAUGUACUGGACUGGAGACAUCAGCCGAGACUGGUGACAUCGUAUCUGCUGAGAAGGGUGAAUGUGAAGGAGAGAAGUACAAGUGGGAGAAGCCUGAUGGCAGCGAAGACAAGUGCAUCUGUGCCUUUGACAGAGCGACCAACGAUGCUUGGCCAUGUUAUUUGUCACACAAAUGGUCUCAAGAAGUCUGUGAAUCGUGUGAUGAAAGGAACUUUUGUCUAAAAUGUAGGCAUACCAUUAAUCUUAUAUAUUGCAUUGUAGAAUGCCAUCUAAUGGUUUUAUUACACUUUUAAAUCUUGACAAGGCUUUGAAAGAACUGUUAAGUUAAUAUUAUAAAUUGCAGCAUUACUCGACACAAACUCCACAGAUGGUGAAGCGUGUAUAUGUGCUCCUUCAGGCGAAUUCUGUAUGGCAUACGACGGUAUCGCAGAGAUAUUACAAAUAUGGAAGUAUCUUAAUGGAGAUCCGGAAGAAGAAGCUCAAUUUAUUGAAGCCAUGGGUUUCAAGGUACUAUAAUAUAUUUAAGAAUCAAGACUAGAUGAAUACAGUACUAUGUAUAACAAUACUAUACCAUUAAUUGUAUCUCUUCAGGACAUGAAAGAUGAAGUAGCGAUUGUAACCAAAGCCAAGGAGAAUAUUAUCUUCGCCAUGUCUACACUAUCGGUCAAAGAACGUAUGUUAUUAUCGAACAGUAAACGAGAAUUACUGCACAAAUGCUCAUUUAAUGGACAGCCUUGUGAUAUAGACAGCGACUUUAUUACUAGGAUCGAUCCCAUCUUUGGAGCUUGUUUUACCUAUAAUCAUAACAGGUAAGUACAAUAAGCGACCACGUUGUUAUCAUACGUUUACAUGCCUUAUGUUAACGAAGACGUGUUGUUCAUUACGUUUUUGAUACUUUACUUCUAGCCAAAUUUUUUUGGUUUACAACUUAUGAUUGUAUUUAGAAAGACCAACCUGACGUCAGUAAGAGCUGGACCCAUGUAUGGACUUCGUAUGUUGGUUUACGUGAACUCGUCAGAUUAUAUGCCGACUACAGAAGCUACUGGAGUCAGAUUGACGAUUCAUGACAAAGAUCAGUUCCCGUUUCCAGAUACGUUUGGAUUUUCCGCUCCAACUGGCUUCGUAUCUUCGUUUGGACUGCGGUUGGUAUGUUACAUCUACUAUUUCUGACGGAAUUUAUAAACUUGUUCAUCCAGUUCAUUAUUCUUAGUCAGUAGAAAGUUAAAAAUGAAUAUUUUUAGCGAAGAAUGAGCAGGUUGCCCUCCCCUUAUGGAGAUUGUGUUAUGGAUGCAGCUGCGGAGUCAUCAACAACAUACAUAUACGAAGACUACUCUUAUUCUGUUGAAGUAAGUGCGAAAUUCAUUUGCUUAAUUAUAAAUUUAGGUAAAAAGUAAUAGCUUUAGAGCUUUAAAAAUGAUUAACUUACAGGGAUGCUACCGAUCUUGCUUCCAACAACGUAUGUUAGACGAAUGUGGCUGUGGAGAUCCUCGCUUUCCAGUGCCUCAGGGGAAGAAACAUUGCCGUGCCGCUGAUUCUUUUGCCAGUAUGUUGUCCGACCUUUCCGUGCAAUAAAAUUUUAGUUUACAAAAAUUUAAAGCCUCGGGCGCAGUUGUUUGAAAGUAUAUACGGCAGCUCGCAAAGCCAAAAGCAUAUUUUUGUUUUUACAGGGAAAUGUCUGGAAGCAAAGCUUCAAGAAAUGGGUGGACAUCAGGGUAACAGUAGUAUGGCUUGUCAUUGUGCUCAACCAUGCCGACAAUCCAUAUAUUCUGUCACGUACUCUCCGGCACGAUGGCCUUCGAAGAGUCUUCAAAUUCAGAUUGGUGUUUGUAACGAUACUCCGACUGAAUGCACUAAACAUUACAAGUAAGUGAUUCUUACGGUCAAAUGAGGUUUAUGAGGGUAGUUUGUUCAAUAUGAACAUAAAAUGAUACCCUUUGUAAUACCUUUUUAUGUAUUUUAUCUUAUAUAACUUUAGAGACAAUGGUGCUAUGUUAGAAGUGUUUUACGAGCAGCUGAACUUUGAAAUGUUGACGGAAUCUGUGGCCUACGGGGUGAGUCAAAUCAUUUUAAUUUUUUUUAAUUGUUUUUACGCAAUAACUAACAUAUUCUUGAUAGUUGGUCAACUUGUUAGCUGAUUUUGGGGGCCAACUUGGUUUAUGGUGUGGUAUCAGUUUCUUGACUUGUUGUGAAUUUGUGUUUUUACUGUUUGAAACAAUGUACAUGUCAUUCCAACAUCAAAUGUUAUUGCAUCGGCAGAGGAAAGAGGAGAAAGAAAAGGAACGAAUAUUAUAUUGA